AUGGCCGAGGAAAUUGACGAUAAUGAUUUUUAUCGUGAAAACUUCAGCGCCGACACGGAUUGGGAGGUGUUCAACGCUCAACUUGGCGACAUACUACGAAAAUGGGAGGUGGAUGUCGACAUUGGCGUCCCACUGCAGCCGGAGGAGCUCUUCCACUGCAAGUGGCAUGUGGAGACCAAAACAUUGGACAUGCUGCGCAAUGGCAUUGCCGUGGACUACUACGAGGCACUGGUGAAGGAGCGAGAACCUCCGGCGGAGGGUCAGUCGAGUGUCAGGUGUCUGCAACGCACCAAUUGUCAUCACGAUUUGAUGUGCAAUUGGAACAGCUUUGGUCCGCCCAUUCGCAAAUCCAGCGAGCUUCACACGCUGGCAAGGAUUUACGGGCUGCGUCGCUUUGUUGUGCUGCAUCCCGCCAAUGGAGCUAACAAUUAUAUGAAGUCCACAUCGGAGUUCAAUUUCUUUCUGAGCGCUGCAGCUGUUGUGGCUGGCGAAGUGUCCAGCGUGGUGCCCAUUUUUGUGCAGAUCUACGAUCCCAAGUGGAACUUCUACACUGGCGUCUCAUUGGCCCCCGCUUUGCGCACCAAUUUUCGACUUAUUGGACUGGAACAGACGCCAGCCGAGUGUCGUUAUUUGACGGGUUUGCUCUCGCUUUUCCAUGACAAGCUGCCGGCUUCGUAUCCGCAAUCGGCCAUGAUCUCCGUUCGCACAACUUAUUCCCUGGAUGCGGUGCGCAUUCGUAUACCUUUGUAUGUACCCUUCGAUCAUGGUAUUGGCUCGGAGGAUAUAGCUAUUGACGGAGACGUGGAACGUCUGGACGUACAGCAUUUCUAUGCACUGCCGCAUGGUUAUGCUCCAGAGUCCAGCACAGAAAGCUACUUGGUUUAUACCUGGCCAGAACUCUCGGAGAACGUGGCCUUUGACAGUGAAAUGCGCACGGAUUUCGUGCCCUCCAAGGCGCCGCUGGGCAAGAUCUAUCUGUCUGUGGAGGCCUUUUCCUAUCUGACCCUCUGCUUGCGCGAUUAUCAGGCAGCGGGCAAUGUGAAGCGCUCCCUGGAAUCCUAUGUGGGUCGCAAUUUCUCGGGUACCAGCAGCGGUGCAGAGCAGACAAACCCACUGGACAAACUGACUGAGCACCAGUUAACUGUCAGAAGAGAGCGUAACUAUGAGAUGCUCUCCCAGGCGGGUCUAACAAAGCGUCUGCCAGGUCCCAUGACAGAGAGUGAACUGACGGAGCUGCUCGCCUAUUUGUUUCCCGAUAUGCAUCCCGAAAUGGCGCUGUUUCCAUACUCCAAGCAGAGUUUUAAGGAUAAGUUCGAUCCAAUGCGCAUAAAGAGCGCCGUUGCAGAUUCGUUGGUCUGUCGCCUUAGCUGCUUGUUGGCCACUUGCCACGCCCACUUGGGAGGGGUAGAGGGCAUGGCUCAGCUGUGGGCGGCCUUUACACGUCAGCUGCGUUUAUUAUGGGAUAACUCGCUGACCGUUCCCGGCAUCGCGCCUGGUUUUCCGGACACACGCACCUGUCUGUUGCACCAGAAGCUGCAGAUGCUGAACCUUUGCGUGGAGCGUCGUGUGCAACGCGAAGCACUUGGGAAACGAAAACAACAGCAACAGUUGCAGCAACUGAGUGAUGAGGAUGACGCGGAUGAUGAUGGCGAAUUCUAUGACUGUGAUGAACCAACUUCCUCGGGUGGAUCACCAAGCAGAGCUGUGUUGAGUCUGAAACCCGAGGGUCGCCUGAAGCUUUUGGGCCAACAGCAUUUGCUUGACGAACCCGAGGAAUUCCUAUAUAUACCCGAAACCCAAGAGCCCGUGCCCAAGACAGAAGAUCAGCUGCAUGAUGAUGCAGAGGUUAUGCUACAACUGGGACCAGGUUCAGGCUUAAGCACACAAAUGAUGUGCACCUCCUUGUUGUCCGAUAUGGAGGCAUUUAAGGCGGCAAAUCCACGUGGUAAAAUGGAGGACUUUAUACGUUGGUAUAGUCCAAAAGAUUGGGAAGAAGUGCAGGAUGCAACUGGACAAGUUACACAUCAGUUGAGUGUACGCAUGACAACAGAGGGAAAUACUUGGCAGAAAGUGUGGCAGCAGGCUCAAGCAGUACCUGUGGCAAGACAGCGACGCCUCUUCGAUGAUACCAAUGAGGCAUUGAAGGUGCUACACUUUUUGGAAACGAGAACCAUGAGCGAGAUCUAUGCGCUGACUUUGAUGCCAACUUUACAUACGGCAAUUCUGAAACUAAUUGACAUUUACAGCAAUGCCCAUGUGGAGGAUAUUUUCAGCGCACAUAUUGAGGAGCUCUUGAAUGAUUUAUGUCGUCUCUCACGUGCUCAGUCCAAUGAGCUGCCCAAUGUGGAUGCCUUUCUCUCUAAUCUUGGCGAAUUGGAACGUCGAUUCUAUCAGUUUAAAUGCUUUGAAAGACUCGCCGGAUAUCCAAAACGCAGUAAUCAGUCUCAAGUCAAGCGACAGUUUGAGGAGAUACUUAAAAAUGAGAAUUGUUGCACCAUUGUCAACAAGAAGCAGGCGGCAACAAGUGAUAUUGUCUCAGGCGGAGGAACUUUAUAUGAUAUUCUAAGUCCCAAGCUACAACAGGAUAUAUCUAACCGUUUGAUUAGCAAGGAUUAUGUUAUUAGGCUCGAUGGCGAUACAAAAGCAACCGAAAAGGGACUUUAUCUGGGACCACAAUUCAUGAGAGCAAUUGUCACUGGUGAUAAGCUGAGACUUUGCGGUGCCUUUACAGAAAGCACAACAUUUGUUUAAACAGGCAAAAGAAAAGGGUAGAAUAUAAAGUGAAGUGAUUCAUAUGAUAAUCUACAUUAUAUUUAAUAUUUGCUUUUAUUGGUGCUUUUGUUAACUUUAAGUUUUCCUAUAAACGCAAUAAAAUUAUUACUAUACCAA